GCACAUCACUAGCUAACUUCGUGUCAACUUGUCAACUCAACAAUUCAAUAAUAAUAUUUAUUGUUUUAGAUUUUUUAAAAUUUCCUAUAAUUUCGCUAAUUAAAAAUAAACUACUUAAUCUAAGAGUUACUUUCAUGUUACGCACAUUAAUAUAAUCCAAAAAUAACAAUGGUCAGAACAGUAUAUUCACCAGAAUAUUGUCUUCAAUAUUUGGAGCAGUAUGCGUCGCAGGAAAUUUUUGUUACUGGAUUGAUAUUAGGACAGAUUACAGAGGCGCGAGAAAAUGUGAUUCAUUUGGCUCGUACGCCUGAGGAAAAAAAUUCUGAUAGUACUUCAGAAAACAGUUCUGUGUCUGACAAGGCUGAGGCUGUUAGAAAUCUCUUGGGAGUUUCGGAAGCAUGGGUUGCUGAUCACGCUAAACAUGUCACUAGAAUGUUGCCAGGAGGCAUGUUUGUUCAAGGUGUAUUCAUAACAAGUGAUGAAGACAUUUUUGAGGAUCCCAAUUACUUCAGCAAAGUGCGGUCAAUUUUAAACUACACAUACAAAGUUCUGCAUGCCAAUGAGUACAUGUAUGGAAACUGCCCAUAUACAAAUGAGCGCCUUGUUCUACAUAUGUCUACAAAUACAAAAGUCCUUACAUGCAAGACUGUAGAAGUGGGCUCUAAUGUUAAGAACACCAUUAUAAAACCUGUAGACUGGAAAUUUCUAUCAAAACCACAACAAUGGCAGAGACUAGAUUGUUAUUAUGAAUUUGAUGAUGUGUAUCCUGUGAUAGUAAAGAAAAGUGGUAUAUCAGUCAAGCAUCAAUUUCAACAAAUUUUGGAGUCAGCACAUAAAACAAUUGAGUCAAGUGUGAUGUUUAUAGAUGGAGAGUUAAGAAAUGGUUCUGAAGCUUUGGAGCAGCUAAUAAAGAAGAAAAAGCCUAAAAAUAGCUCAAAAAGUAUACAAGAUAUGGCGAAGUCUAUGCAUGUGUCUUUAUUUGUGCCUUUUGAGAAUUCUUUGCCAGAAACAGUAGAGUACCUUGAAUGUGAUGGUAGCAUACAUUUCAGUGGUGUUGUGUCAUCCAGCGUGUUUAUGUGUCCAAAAGCAACAAUCAAUGAAGCUAUUGCUGCUGUGAAACAGGACAUAGUAAGAUCACUCGCAUCACGCUUCACGAUGCAUUGUGACGCGCUAAUUGAUGAUAAUCUACUUCCAGAAGAGAAAGUAUGUUUCAACGAACCUCCACGGCGUGUUUUAGUACCGGUCGGUACACUUUACCUCUGUGACUAUCUGUUCCCUGGUGAAGCUCCAGCUGAGGCGUUACUCUCAGUUCGAGAGUUACUCGACCUUCAGAUAACUGAAACUGAUGUUGUCUGUGAUGUGGAAACUCCGGCAGACACGUCGGAGUUUGACGCGCUAGACAGAGAUGCAAGCAGCGAAGAACUCUUGGCUACACCACAGGAGGCAAGCCAAUUUAUGUACAUCACAGGAAUCUGUUUUGCUAUGCUCGUUCUUAUUGUGUCAAUUAUCAUUCACUAUUAUGACUCCAUUUUAGAAGUUAUCACCAAACUUCUAACCAGAUCUUAGUGUUUGACUUUAUACUAGUUUUUUUUUAUGUAUUAUCCGCAGCUCGUGAUAAAAAUAUCGAGCUGCUUAUAUAACAAGUACCCGAAGUAUCGUAUAUUCUAUUUACAUUGGUCAUGAUUUAAGUACAGUAGAGAGGGAUUGUUUAUAGCAAAGAUAAUUUCUCCGUAUUAACACGUCCGCUCUCUGUAAGCUGCUGUACCUGUCCUUCUCUUUGUUUUUUAUUUGUAUGACGUCAAGUGGCAAGUUAAUCGUUCUACUGGAGCUAACAAGGUGCACAAUGGAUGUCACUUUUGCAAAAAUAAAUAACUUAUUCUCUUCAUUAGAAACUCUGUUUAUCAGUUAAAUUUAUAUGUCUGCAAUCUGUUUUUACUGCUCUUACCCGCUAUACUUGCAUUACUUUAAACAUGACUAAUAUAAGUGGGUAUUCAGUCGCGUACAACGUCAUAUAAUUAGACAGCUACAAUAUCAAUCUCACUUCUAUAAAAUCAGUCUCACUUCUAUAAAAUACCAUAUAUUUUAUAGAAGUAAGACAGAAAUUGAUAGAUAUAUGUAUCAUUUUGAACCAUUGAAGCACUUUGUAUAACAUUUAUUUUUUUCUUUUUCAUCUGUUACUUUAUCUACUAACUAAAAAAUAAACAUUUAAAAUUUUAAUUAUUAAACAGCAUUUGACAUUUUACGAAAACACCAACUUAUUAUUUAUUAUUUCGUCUCGAGAUUAUAUAGGAAAAUAUUGUUAUUAGUUAUAAUUAAUAUUUUUAAAUGGCAACGGAUAAUAUAAUAUAUUGUUUAAAUACUAUCACAUUGUUUUAAUAAUAGUGACAUAAUGGUAUAAUUUUAAGUUCUCUAGAUAUUGUAAUUAAUUAAAAGGUUUAUUUAUUGAUUUAAAUUUAUAUCAUCGUGUUUCUUACGUUAUAAGCAGAGUCCUGAUUCGAUGAAUAUUUUAAUUAACAUUCAAUAUAUUGUUAUUAAAUCAAUUAACUUGCUACAUUGUCACUCAAGUUUUGAACUAAGUUCUAGGAUUAGCAACAUAUUGGAUUUAGAGAUAACUCAAAGAUUUCUAAAAAGGAUAUGCAUAUUUAUAUUUCAUAAUGUAAUCGUGCUUUAUUUACAUUUGUCAGCUCACUACUGUUCUGCAUUUUGGAAGUUUGUUUUAUUUGUUUAAAUUGAGCUUCGAGCACUAAUACCAACUAAAACCUAUUUACUCACGACCUAAGACAAAUUCCUAUAUCAAUAUUGUUGAAAAGAAAACAAUAUUACUGUGCAGAAUUGAAAUAAAGCAAUCUAAUUAAUUCUGCAAGAGAGGUUUUAAUUUUGAAUUAGUUUGCUUAAGUGUUUGAUUUUCAGGUGAUAGCUGAAAGGUGAUAGAAAAACAAUUAUGAGUCAGUUGCGCAAGUCGUAGAUAGAAAAUGGCAGUGUAAUACUAGAUAUUUUAGAAUUAACAAAUAAUUUUCCACUAAACGUAAAGUGUACACUUUUUAGAAUCAUUUGUGUAAAAAGAUCAUGUUGCAAUGCAGAGGUAAUAUUCACCUUUGCAUUGCAACUUCGAAUGCGUGGAUGGAAACCUGAUGAAAUAGGCUACUUCUAGAUGUCGUUCUCGAUAAAAUAUAAACCAGCGGGUCUACCAUGAAAUGAAAUCCCGAAAUUUCGGACUCAAUUUCGUGUUUUUGUUUAUACCAAAAUCGGACCAAUAAUUGGAGUUUAACAUUUCGUUCGUCAUACAUCCUAUCAUAAAAGUCCAGAGGAACAAUAUUUUAAUAUUUUUAAUAUUUCCAAACGGCAUGUUUUAUGUAAUUUUAACAUCAAAUUUCUGUUUCGUUUGGCUCCGAAAUUUCGGAAAACAUUUCAUGGUAGGCCCUCUAAUCACAGAUUACUGUUUUAUACACCAGAUUUUAAAUUAGACCUGCAAGAACACAAGUGUGAAACUGUUAACAUGUUACAGCAGUUUGCGUGACAGACAAAAUAAAAAAAAAAUUGGCUUUUAUUGCUUUAAUUAAGACACCCUCAUAGUAUUUGUCCUUAAAUAUUUCCCAUGUACAGACACUAGUAUCGAUUCUGAGGCCUAUUUCUCUAAACUUAUCUCUAAAAUUAAAAUCUCAAUUUGAUAUCACAACGAAAUUUUUAUUUUAAGGAUCAAUAUGAAUUAAUUUUUUAAUAGACAAAUAAUUUAAUCUAAUUUUCUAAGUCAAAAUUAUUAUAAUUCUAGUAUAUAUUUAUUUAUUAAAUACAAGAAAUUUACAACAGCGAGUACAUUGGACCCCGCACUAGGCGAACCUGUAUCGCGGGAGUCCAUAAGAGAUUACCAAGACAGGGUAAUUUACAAAUAUAAAUUAAAAUACUAAGCCAGUUUUACGAAAACAACAAGUUAGAAUGAAGUGUAAAGUGAAGUAGUAAAGUGUAAAUGAAUAUAAAACAGUAAUAUUGCAAAAGUAUCAGACUAAUCUGAGGUUCAAUUUGGUCCUUACAAUUUUAUGUUUUAUUAUAUUAUUUACCAUUUAAAUGCUGCGAAACAUGAAUAAAUAUUCAUGUUUUUUUAUACUACUAAGAAUGGCAAACAAGCUGACGGCCUACCUGAUGGAAAGUGGUAACCAUCGCCUAUUGACAUGAGCAGUACCAUGGACAUAAUAGAGUAUACUGAUUCGCCCAUGAUAACCCCCAUGCGUUGCUAUUCCUGAGGACUCAGGUGUUAUUCCUCUGUACCCUGUAAAUUCACGCCAUAUCUCACACUUCAAACCGACGCACAGCCAUGCAAACACAACUUUUACAGUUGAAACACGAAUGGGAUAGAGGUACCCAAGCAAACGACUUUUGUAUAAAAUCUCCCUCUGGUAAUGUAGAGUAACUUUUUAUAUUUUGAGAUUUUAAAUAUGGACUGCGAACUUUUACCGUAUCGUACAAAGUUACAUGUAGAAUUUGAACCGCGGGAAAUUAAUAUGAAAAAUGCAGAACAAAAUAAUGAAGAUUCGUUGUGUUAGUUGCUAUUUUUGCCAUUGUUAUAGUAAUAUUUAGAAAGAGAGUGGUUAUAUUUGUACAUUUAGUUAUGGACUGAUUUGAGAAAUGUAGCAUAAAAUUAUGAUUAAAUUUUUAUACCUA